AUGCAUUUUCACUUCGCCCAACAGGUAUUCUACAACCUAUUCAAGCAUAUUAGAAAAACCAACCUCAUCACGCUGGCAAUCUCCUGCAUUUCAAUCGUUUUCCUUCUGGUGAUCAAAUUGUUUAUUGAACCUCAGCUACAGCGCUGUGGACACUGCAAGUUUCCAAUACCUUCGGAACUGAUGUUGGUCGCGAUUGGGACAGUUGUGUCGCACUUUGUUGAGCUUCAGGACAACCACAACGUGACGAUCGUUGGCAGUAUUAGUAGCGGGAUGCCACCGAUCAGCGUGCCACAAUGGAAUUUGAUGUCUCCAAUGGUCACCGAUGCCAUCAUAAUUGGUUUCACGAGUACCUUCCUCACGAUAUCGUUGGUCAAAUUGUUCGCCAUGAAGUACAAACAAGAUAUUGACUAUAACCACGAGCUCACAUCACUCGGUGUGAUUUCGCUCAUCGCUUCCUUCUUCUCGAGUAUCGCCCCAUCCAGUAGCGUUUCUCGAAGUAUGGUACUUGAGGGAGCCGGUGUAAAGACAACUCUAAGUGGGAUUCCAAGUGGAUUACUAGUCAUCUUUGUAUUGCUGUUCCUCGGACCGUACUUUUCCGUCACUCCAACGUGCGUCCUCUCCGCUAUUAUUGUGGUCGCACUGAAGAACAUUAUUGCUCAUCUGUCACAUACUCCAAAGCUUUGGCGCACCUACAAACGUGAUUUCUUCCUUUUCAUGAUCACCUUCGUGGUCACACUCGUUCUUGAUGUGACGAUUGGCCUGGUUGUCGGCGUCGUUGCCUGUUUACUGGCCCUGACGGAACAACAAAGGGCCCUGACCAUCACGCUGCUGGAUAAUUUACCGGGGACAGAGCUAUUUUUACACGGAAGGGCCAAACUCGCCACUGGUGAGUUGCACUCCACAAAAUUCCUGUACCCUCUUACUCGUUCGAUCAUCUCCUGCCGUCUGAUCGGGUCGUUAAACUUUGCGUCCUCCGAACAGCUGGAGAGUAAGAUUACCAAAGUACUCAAAGAACACGAGAGCCGUUUAGGUUCUUUGGAAGAUUUUGAAUAUGCGGUUAACCCGAGCAACACAGUCUCUGCUGAUCCGAUUCUGGAAACGCAACAAAAGCAUCAGCAACGGCAGAAGCAGCAGAACACCGCCGACAAAAGGUUGUCGGCUGCCGAAGAAGCGUAUCGAAGAUUUUCCAGUAACCUUGACCGCAUCGAGAUGUCUCAAGAUAAAACGGAAAAAUUCUACUUGGAGAUACACGACAAAAAAGAAUACGCACCCCAACGGUUUCUGCUUAUUGAUAUCAGCGGUAUGACCGAUGUGGAUCCAUCCGGAGCUCUCUGUCUUUCAACGGUUCAUGAACAAUUCUACUCUAUCGGUGUGAUUCUGGUCUAUAUUGGAGAUCUGUCCCAGUUCCGGUGUCUGGACACAUCGAAAUGGGAACGCUUUCCAUCACUUUCUCUCUCCUAUCCUACAAUGUACGACGGUUACUUGGCUUGCCAGCAUGCCUUGUUUGAAUCCAUGGUAACUUUGCACAGAUGCUGAAUAACUGGGCGUUGGUUUAUGGUCGCGCCGAAAUCGCUAAUCCUCCAUCAUCCACCGAUCACACCCACAAUCUAUCGCAGACUGUUUCACAGUCCGUUUUUGGUUCAACGACUAAUCCGAGGGACUGGAAAUCUGCCCUCAUUUGAUCUAAUCGAAACACUGAAUGUGAUUUUGUUAGUGUUAAGGUACCCUUUCAGCGUUUUCAUUCACC